AAGCCCUACUUAAUGGUCUGGUUCCCAGCAACGACAACUACGUUGUAGCCGUUGAUCUUCUAAAGAAACGUUUUGGACAGCCUGCAAAAAUCAUAAUGGCUCAUAUGCGAGCGUUGGUGGCCCUAACAAAGCCUGGAACGGAUCGGGUAAGCCUGAGAAAGUUUGUGGACAAUCUGGAAUCUCACAUUCGUGGCUUAGAUGCUCUGAGAAAGAAAACUGAAUCAUAUGGCGAUCUUUUAGUUUGCAUACUUCUAGACAAGCUCCCAGCGGAGCUGCGUCGUAACUUGGCUCGACAGAGUGACGCUGCCGAGUGGGAUCUAGAUACAUUGCGUAAGAGCCUCGUUAAAGAAAUCGAGAUUUUGGAAGAUAGUGAGAUACAAGACUCGCACCAUGGUCAAGUCCCAAAAUCCGCUCGAAAGCUUAAUGUCAUGUUCUCUGGAGCCAGCUCUACCAAAAGGGGGUUUCAACGGAAAAUGUUUUGCGCGUUUUGCACCGGCGAGCACUGGCCUACAGACUGCACCACUGCAAAAUCAGUAGAAGACAGAUACGAGAUUGCCAAAGUGAAAAGGCUAUGUUUCAACUGUCUAUCGAUGAGUCACCAAGCCGGGGCUGACUGCCCAUCGAAGAAACGCUGUCGCAUGUGUCAACGAGCACAUCAUACGAGUCUGCAUCAGGCAGAGGCCACUAAGGUAGCUGGAUACGCAAUAUUAUCCAGCUCCCCCUCCACAGCCGUCGCAGUCUCCACUACUUACACCGAACGCCAAAAGCCCUUUGUGUUUCUGGAAACAGCAGUUGCUACCGUGCAAUCGCAGUUCGUCAAAUAUUCGAGCAACAUACUCAUCGAUAAAGGGGCUCAACGCACCUUUAUGACUUCAAAGCUAGCAAAGCUUUUGAAAAUCAAACCUAUGUGGAGAGAAAGUCUUAUUCUUAUUGGUUUCACCUCAAGCCGUGGAAUCCCUGCUCACUAUGACGUAGCACAAUUUUCUUUACUCGAUCGUCAAGGCAUCCCUAUUGCGCUUCAAGCAAUCAUUGUACAACACAUAGUAGAACCUCUAGCUGAUCCUCACAGAGCGGUUCUACAAAACCUUCCUCAUCUGAAUGGUCUCGUCCUGGCUCAUCCAGUUUCUGACAAAUCAACUUUCGAAGUUGAUCUUCUUAUCGGUGCUGACUUUUACUGGGACAUAGUCGGAAAUCAGGUGGUCCGUGGACCAGGUCCUACGGCAGUCAACUCUAAAAUAGGCUAUCUCGUUUCUGGCCAACUCAUUGACUCAAGCACCACUGCAGCUGAGGCGACCUUUGCCUUUCAUGUAUCGAUGGAAGAAAAAUUUGAUGUCACCAGAUUUUGGCAGCUGGAAACCCUCGGAAUCCAGCCGGAAGCAGAGACGAGCACUAGAACCCAGGCUUAUCAAGAAGGUUCCAUAGAUUUCCACGAGGGAAAAUACAUUGCAAGACUUCCAUGGAAGGAUAGUCAUCCUCCGCUUUCCCCUAAUCUGCUGGCCUGUCAGAGAAGAACACGAGGCACAGUGAACCGCUUAGCCUCAAAGGGUCAAAAUUGCCUUCAACUCUACCACCAAAUCAUUCAAGAUCAACUGAGCAGACGCUUUAUCGAAAGGGUCCCAUCGACUGAAAUCGGCAAUCCUUGCCACUAUAUUCCACACUUUGGAGUCUUCAGAGAAUCAGCAACAACCCCACUACGCAUCGUCUACGAUUGCUCGUGCAAGACUCCAACCGGAGUAAGUCUCAAUGACUGCCUAGAUGUUGGCCCCCCAUUGCAAAACGAUAUGUUGGCAAUACUCCUUCGUUUUCGAGUCCAUACCAUUGGAUUCACUGCCGACAUUGAGAAGGCCUUUCAUCAGGUCGGACUGCACGAGCAAGAUCGUGAUUUCGUUCGCUUUCUCUGGGUUAAAGAUCCCUUGGACUCUAAAUCGGAUUUCGAAACCUACCGCUUCAGGGUGGUUCCCUUUGGAGCUAGCUGCUCACCUUUCAUCCUUUUGUCAGUCAUCAAGAAACAUCUCCAAGAGAUUUCAACUCCAAUAGCCGAUGACAUCAAUCGCAAUAUCUACGUGGACAACCUUGUUUCCGGAUGUGAAGGGCAGGACAAAGCAGUAGACUACUAUCGUGAAGCGAACGGCCUUUUGAGCAAAGCAGGCCUUAAACUUCAAUCUUGGGGGUCCAACUGCAGCCAUCUUAAUACUAAAGCAAGAAGCGAUGGACUGGUCGAUGAGUCCGCCUUAACUAAAGUGCUCGGUCUCAGCUGGCGGCGGGAGGAUGAUACUCUUCAUUUACCAAGUGUGCAGCUCUCGGCUCUUAGCCAUUCGCAGUUUUCGAAACGAGAAAUACUACGCAGUAUAUCAGGAGUGUAUGACCCUCUUGGCUUUCUUACACCUCUUACCACCCCUGCCCGAAUGUUGAUCCAGGACAUUUGGAAACAGAAAUUUGAUUGGGACGAGGCUCUUCCUACGGAGCUCAGAGAACGCUGGAUCGGCAUUGCAACAGCCAUUGAGAGUGCAAAGGUCUCUUUUCCACGUCCGUAUUUUAAAGAGGGAAAGGUUCUAGAUCUACACAUCUUUGUAGAUGCCAGUCAAGCUGCGUACGGAGCCGUGGCUUACUUAAGUAAUGGAAAAUCUACUUCCUUCGUAUUUUCAAAGGCUCGAGUAGCUCCCCUACGAACCGACAAAAAAUUGCUGACCAUCCCACAAAUGGAGCUAAUGGCUGCUGUCAUUGGAACCCGCAUCGCGUCGUCAAUUUUGUCCGCUUUCCAACCUCUCAGUCUGACACCAAAUUGUUUUUUGUGGUCCGACAGCCAAAUUGUCCUUUACUGGAUCAAGAAGAUGAGCAAGAUCAAGUGCCAAUUCGUGCACAACAGAAUUGACACCAUUCGAAGCUUUAACAGAAGCACAAAUGCAACUUGGAACUACUGCCCCACUGAAUGCAACCCGGCGGAUUCAUUGUCCCGAGGAACUACGCUUCGACAGUUUUUAUCGUCAGAAACAUGGCUAACUGGGCCUAAAUGGCUCCUGAAGAAAAGCGAGUGGCCGGUGUGGGAGAAAAAUUCUGAACCAACUGCAGUAUUCCAUCUCUCAAUCAUUACAAGCGCAGCAGUCCUUCAGUCAUCGUCCUCGCCAAUCUCCGAGAAAGGCAUCAAAAGUAUCUUAGAUAUUUCGCGGUUUAAAUUUUCUUCGCUUAUCAGAACUACUGCAAUAAUCCUUCGAUUUGUCGAAAAUAUCAAGCUCAAAGACAAAUCUCGCGAAAGUUGGAAGGUUGGCCCUGUGACCGUCACGGAACUACGAGCAGCUGAACGGAAAUGGCUCUUGGCAAUUCAGGAACAAUAUUUUUCCAGUGAACUCAAAUAUUUUCCAAAACAAGCCGAAAAACGCCCAGCCUUGGUUUCACAAUUGGACUUGUUUGUUGGUAAUGAUGGGUUACUAAGAUGUAGCGGCCGCCUGAAACAUUCCUGCUUAAAAGAAGAUACUAAACACCCGAUGCUAUUACCGAAAGAGUCCUCCCUUACCACUCUCAUAAUCAUGGCGCAUCACAUCCUCGCGAUGCACGGGGGAGUUCGACUGACCGUCGCUUCAAUUCGUCAGCGAUUUUGGAUCCCCCAGAUCAAACAGUGCGUAAGAAAGUGCCUGCUCAGUUGUGUGACGUGUCGCCGAGUUCGCGGACCCGCUUAUCCAGCUCCUAAUCACGCGCCCCUGCCUCCAUUUAGAGCAAGUUGUUCUUUUCCUUUCACGGUGACCGGCGUGGACUUCACUGGAUCAUUUUCCCUGCGCGGACCUAAACAAGCACCAAAAGCAGACGUCACCGCCUACAUUCUCCUCUUCACAUGCGCAUCCUCACGCGCCAUACACCUGGAGGUUGUAGAAGACAUGACCACACUUUCUUUCCUAGAGGCACUUCGGUGCUUCAUUUCACAUCACUCGCGGCCCAGCGUCAUCAUGUCAGACAACGCCAAAACAUUUGAAAAAGCAGCAAAAAUGUUUCAGAAGAUCUUCCGUGACCCCAAGACUCUACGUCAGCUGUCGGAUCAACAGAUCGAAUGGCGCUUUAUUCCCAAACGUGCUCCAUGGUACGGAGGCUUUUGGGAGAGGCUGGUUGGAAUCACGAAAGAGGCUCUAUCUAAGGUACUGGGACGCGUAAAACCAACCCUAAGUUCAUUCAGAGCAUUAGUCGCAGACGCUGAGACCGUGCUUAACGACCGUCCGCUAGAAGACCCCUCUAACUACGUCGAAGAAGAGGAAUCCCUCUGCCCAGCCCACCUAAUGUAUGGUCGACGUUUUAAUACGUUACCAUAUAACGACGAAGCAGCGGACGAAAUUCUAGACUUGUCGUACGACGAGAGACCUAGCGAGCUAAAAAGAGCUGUGAUCCGCCAUCAGACUCUCUUACAACAGUUCCGAAACCGUUUUCUCAGAUCUUACCUUCCUGCUCUUAGAGAACAACAUCAAGCCACAAGCAAGAAGCAGCAAACCGUUAUCAAAGAAAAAGACAUUGUUCUAGUCCAUGACGACAAACCUAGGAAGGAUUGGAAGAUGGCGGUUGUCGAAAGCUUAAUUCGGAGCCGAGAUGGAGAAAUUCGAGCGGCAGAAAUUCGUACCGCAAAAGGAAAGACCAAUCGUCCCAUCGCAAAGCUACAUCCACUUCAGAUAUCCGAACCCGUGGAUCCAGUAUUCCGUCCGGCCGCUGAAGAUCCCCCCGAUCCAGCCUCAAUUAUUUCCAGGCCAUCAAGGAAAAGCGCGGAUAGAGCCAGAGCAGCAGUAAAGAAGAUAUUUGAAGAAGAGGCCCACGUCUAACAUUUUGGCCCCGGGAGGAUGUCGAAAAUAGCGUUGUUCAUUUGCACCCUUUCUUUCCCAUCCUUCUCCUUUAGCCCUAAAAACCAUGACUUGCAAUUUCCUUCCCCUCAAGCUAUAACGCUUUUGUUCUUCUUUUGUUUUUUUGGUUACUGUUGGGGUUUUGAAAGGGAAAAAGAGGGCAGUUGUCUCACUCACUCGACUCUUGAUGGAGUCAAAGUAGCUCGCUCGUGUUUUACGCCUAUCCCUACAUGUGCUCUUUUCAAGUGUUUGUCCCGAAGCCGAAAUAUUACACAACGUAGGAAUCCGGA